AUGAGGUACCUUAGCAGAACACGAGUUAAAAGCAUCAAGUCACGAAUCCGAGUCAAGAAAGCUCCAGAGGUCCUGCCAAUAAUGAACUGCGAUGAGAGCACUGAAAAUCAGAAAUCAAGCAAAAUCUCUCAGAUAGUGCAGAAUGUAGGGUCACAAAAAGCUACACAGAUGAUAGAGAGUUUAAAACUUUCUGCUUCUUUCUAUGGGUGAUAUUCGUUAUCAGCUAGCCAGAUUUCACUGAUGUACAGGAUGUUUACAGUAAACAGGAAUUUAAAAGAGGAUUUAUGGAUUUAUCCAACAUCAGACAAAGACAUUCAGAUUCAAAAAGAACUUCAUGCUCAACUAGAUCCAAUGGAAGAUGAAAUGGCUAUUGAGAAUUACGAAACUUUUGUCAAUCCCAAAAUUGUAGCAAUCACUGACAUUCAAGAAUAUGGCUGGGAAAGAUGAGGGAGUUUCCUUGGAGCUAAAGCUCAAGCCAAACGGCCAAUAGGGGUCAGACUUGCUUACCAAGAUGAAACUGGAGCUUUACAAGAAAAAGAUUUCUUCGAUUUUGCAGCAAGAGUGGUAUGCCAUGAAAUGGAUCACUUGAACGGCAAAACAAUCAUGGAUUGGUCUGUUUCUGAAGGGACUACUUCAAUAGAUUAUGAUUUUGAGGAUAAAUAUGAUUUUCAAAAAGAGGAAGAGCAAGAAGACCCUGACGAAAGAAUUCAUCAACUCAGAAGAAACGAUCCUACUCAUAGUAUUAGAGAAGAGAGAUUUAAAACGAACAUAAAUAAAGGGCAAAAUCGUAGAAAUAUUGAUCAUGUUUUUGAUAUGUACAGAGCAGCUCAAAAGGGCAAAAAGAAGAGUGAUUUCGAAAGGAGGUUUAAUCCAAAAGAAUACUAAAUAGGCUUCAAUAUCAUCAAA